AUGACCGCCACCGCAACGCUAUUGGUGACUUACUCUCCGCCGCGAAUGUUGGCCCAGCAACCGGUGGUCGAGAUGGAGCCAGGAUGGCGUCCGGAAUCCGCACACCGAGGGACUCUCGGCAUCUUGCUGCCUUGUCUCAUCACUUUCGGCCUCUGCGUCUGGACAGCUGUCCACCUGAACAUCAACCCUCAGCCUACAAGGAUGCGGCUGUUCCUGUCCAAGCUGGGAUGGCUAUGUCUGGGAAUGGUUGCGCCCGAGGCUGUCCUCUGGUGUGCCCACGAUCAAUACUUUGAGGCACGUGCGAUCCGGGAGGCUAUCAUGAAGAUACAGAAAGACCACCUGGGGGUGGCAGAGCCAGACUUCAGCAUGCACUCUGCCUUCUUCGUUCUCAUGGGCGGAUAUGUUGUCCAUCCCACGCCCGGCGAGUUUCAGGGGCUCCCGGUGACGUUGACGCCGCAUGGAUUUGCGCUGUUAUAUGCGCAGGGGGACGUCAAGCAGGAAGACCUAGAUGGCCGGCUGAUUGAGGACAAGUCGCGUGGCUACGGGCUAGCUAAAUUCGUUGUUUGUGUCCAGGCUCUCUGGCUCCUCCUGCAAUUCUUCGCGCGCUUGAUGAGCGAACUGCCUAUCACGCUACUCGAGCUGAACACGGUCGUACACGUGCUCUGCGUCCUGCUCACCUACACGUACUGGCGGCACAAGCCGAUGGAUAUCCGGUAUCCCGUAGUGCUGCACCUCGACGCGAAGCUGGCUGCAGACAUAUACUUUUCGUUCGACGGGGCGCCGAGCGGCAGCACCAAAGAGUCCUCGGAAGAUGCUCCGGCUCCACCCGAUGCGGCUUCCGGCCUCGAAACGCGGCACGGAGCCCUUCGCACGGAAGAUGAAAAGUCGGCCAGUGCAACGCCGAACGUCUCGCCCGACCUCGAAAAACAGGACUACACCCUUCACACCGAAGCCGUAGCACCGGACACGGAAUCCUGCGAAGCAGUGCAGAAGGCCGUGUUAACCCCAACGGGAGUAGACAGCAUCAGCUUCUGGUCACACUACUCGGCCUUCGCCGAAAAACCCAGCGAUCUUGGACUUCCCGAAAAGCUCCCGUUGCAACCUCUGUGCUCACGGGCACGAAUGUUGAAGCGCGAAGGCAGCCUGCGCCUCGAGGCGGACCGGGAACAACGGUUUUGGGGCUUCUUCGUAUUUUUCGCGAUGUCAUACGGCGCCGCACACGCAACGGCGUGGAGCGCUCAUUUGCCCACUUCCACCGAGCAGCUGCUGUGGCGGAUCUCCGCGGUGGCUCUCGUUGCCGGGCCGCUGCUGUUCGCGUUCACAGGCCAGGGCCUGAUUUGGAUCGAAGCUGUGGAGGGGAAGAUUGCGCGCAAGCUGGUCACGGUCUGUUUCAAACCCUUGGUGACCAUUGCCGCGUUCGCGGUGACGCUCCUGAUCAUCUUCUCGAGGUGCUUCGUAGUCGUGGAGGCUUUCAUUAGUCUCCGCAGCCUCCCAGUGGGCGCCUUCGAUGUUGUGCCCUGGGCUAAUUACUGGCCGCACUUGUGA